CUUUUUGUUCCUUGCUGCAGCCAAGCAAAGAAACGAACUUUCUGCAGAAGCUUCCAUCGCAAUACACAGCUUCUUCUUCUUCUUCUCCCCCUAUAAAAACCACCACACCAUUCCCUCUCGCCAUCCAUCCCCAUCCUCCCCAAGAACCUCUUCCUCCCCUGAGCCCAGCCACGGCGGGGGACAAGGCAAACCAUCUGAGGGACAGAGACGCGUCCUCUUCCUCCUCUUGCUCAGGCCGAGCUCGCCCUUUCCCAUGGCUGCCAGGUGGGCCCCGCCGGCCGGCCUCUUCUUGCUCCUGCUGCUGGCGGCGCUCGUGCCGGCGCGCGCGGACAAGCCGGCCAGGCCCGGCCGCGGGGAGCCGGAGCCGUCCUCCGCCGUCUUCCAGCUCUACGGCAACGUGUACCCCCACGGGCUGUACUACGUGGCCAUGAGCAUUGGCAACCCGCCCAAGCCCUACUUCCUCGACGUCGACACCGGCAGCGACCUCACCUGGCUGCAGUGUGACGCACCCUGCGUCAGCUGCUCCAAGGUGCCACAUCCUCUCUACCGACCAACAAAGAACAAGCUGGUACCAUGUGUGGAUCAGAUGUGUGCCUCUCUGCACGGUGGCCUGAGUAAGAACCACAAGUGCGACUCACCGAAGCAGCAGUGCGACUAUGAAAUUAGGUAUGCCGACCAAGCCUCAUCCCUUGGUGUGCUCAUCAACGACAGUUUUGCAGUCCGCCUUGCGAAUGCCUCCGUUGUCCGCCCCAGUCUUGCAUUCGGUUGUGGGUAUGACCAGGAGGUUGGGAGCAGCACUGAGGUGGCGCCCACUGAUGGUGUGCUUGGGCUUGGGAGUGGAUCAAUUAGUCUGCUUUCACAGCUCAAGCAGCAUGGAAUUACCAAGAACGUGGUUGGUCACUGCCUCAGCAUGAGAGGAGGGGGAUUCCUCUUCUUUGGGGAUAAUCUUGUGCCUUAUUCACGUGCAACAUGGGUACCAAUGGUUAGGAGUGCAUUCAAGAAUUAUUACUCACCUGGCUCAGCAAGCCUGUAUUUUGGUGGCCAAACACUUGGUGUGGGACCAAUGGAAGUAGUGCUGGACAGUGGAAGCUCAUUCACCUAUUUUUCUGCUCAACCAUAUCAAGCGCUUGUCACUGCACUUAAGGGUGAUCUAAGCAAGACGCUGAAAGAGGUAUCUGACCCCUCUCUGCCUCUGUGCUGGAAAGGAAAGAAACCAUUCAAAUCCGUGCUUGAUGUCAAAAAGGAGUUCAGAUCAUUGGUUUUGAGCUUUUCUAACGGCAAGAAAGCACUCAUGGAGAUCCCUCCUGAAAACUACCUCAUUGUCACUAAAUACGGAAAUGCGUGUUUGGGUAUACUGAACGGAUCAGAGAUUGGACUCAAGGAUCUGAACAUUGUUGGAGACAUUACAAUGCAGGAUCAGAUGAUCAUAUAUGACAAUGAGAGGGGGCAAAUUGGAUGGAUCCGUGCACCCUGUGAUAGAAUCCCCAACGAAAAUACCAUUCAUGGAUUUGAGGAAGGUUAUUGUAGGCCCCAACUCCCCAGCAUCUUUGGUAUUCAGAACGAAGAGUGUGCAGAUUACUACCGUUCAAACAAAGAGUGAUUGACAAGGGGAGGCCAAGGGUUGAUGGAAGGUCAAAAGGAAUCAUCCCAGGGAGGCUGUAUACAAAGUUAUGAACCAUGUAUUCUUUAGAAAAGAGAAAAAAUCUAGUAGGCUGUAAUCAUGGCCAUGUCCAUAUCAAAUAUAAUAAUUAUUCUCUUCGUAUGAAGCACGGAUGUACUUGUAUGUUUUAUGGAGCAUAUGGAAGAUGAGAAAUGGCUUGCACUCUUGCACAUUAACCUGGACUGCAUUGCAGGUAUUCUGGGGGCGACUCGAUGAAGCAGUGGCUACUUUGGCGCUCUUCAACAAGUAACUGAAGACCUAUGUUGCUGCUACCCUGCUAUUCAUAUUCAUUCCCUGAUGGUAGAAGAUGGAGAACAAGGGAAGAUUGUGCUCGGUGUCAUGGUUAGAUCUGGUGAUAGGCAUGCUCUUGUAAUGAUGUUUGUAACAUUUUGACCUGGUUAUGCUGAUGAUCUUAGUCCCAGGUAUAUAUCCUGCCUAUGAAUCUGACAAAACACGGCUGUUAUAUAAGUACAAUCUAUUGAAUUGUUCUUUGUGGUA